ACUGUAGUUGUAUGGUCAGCUUUUCACAGACACACACACAACUGAGGAUGAUGUCAGGCAGGGAUUUGCAGAAGCAUGUUUACACCAGUAGGUGGCAGAAACAGACAACUGUUUAGAAUUUUAUCAGUUCAACAUGAAGGGAAUUAAUAUGUCAAUCAGGCUUUUGAAAAAGAUUUUUAUUCAAAUGAAUGAUAAACUCAGGUGGACAUUUAUACAGAUACAGUUGUCUCUACUUUAUCUGGGAGUCAUAAUCAUUCCUACAUUGUUUGAUUUCAUAUUGAUAGGUAACCAAAAUGGUUUCAGAUAUGGAAGGUCCUGAUUCAGAAUGAUUAAGUUGAUAAUAUUUAAAUGAUGAUGUUGAUAUAUUCAUGAAAGUUUAAAUCUACACCAGGAAAUUUUUAUAUUAUUAUUGGAUCAAAUGGCUAUGUGAGGUUUGCAGUUCCCCUCAGCUCUACGCAGCGUUUUAAUGUUUUUUAGUUCAUUGUUUUAUUUUUUGAACUCAGGUUGUAGCUGUUGACUCAGGGGAGAACUGAGUAAAACUGAGCUCACAGUCACAGGCAGGAAGUGCAGGUAUGAUGGAUUUCAUCACUUGGUCAAAUUAUUUGUUUUUCGACUUCAGAUAAACAUGUAUGUGCGUGCACCUGGAAAAAGCAGACUCAACUCCUGCAAUGCACCAACCUCAGGUCUGCUCAGAAAGUCUUUAAAACAAUAACAACUUGUCUUGUACAGAAAGUUGUUGGAGAUAAACAGGAACAAAGAAAUGAGCUGACAACGCUCCAGUUUUAACGUCCAGUCAUUAGAUUAGAUUUGAAGAGAUGGUGCCAAAAUGUGACCCUGGCAGAGAAUCUUUAUUUCUUAUUGUAACAAAACUGAGACUCUGGAAUAGCUUCUCUCUUGAACUUUUCACCUGAUUUACUACAUUAAUUUUACUGUUAAUACUGUUUUACUGAAUUAUAAUUACUUUUUCCCAUUUUCUCUCCCUAUGUUCACUUUAAAUGUAUAUUUUAAGUGUGUUCUUCCUCAGUUAUUCACCUGUGUGCUGUAUUUCCUUGUAAAAUAGAUUGUAUUUUAAUUUACAACUAAAUUAGCUAUAAAAGUAAAGUUUCAAUGAUGAACAGAGACACAGCAUGGUCAUGAAACAUCUGUCUUUAUUAAUGACCACAUCCAAAUGGUUCUCUUUACUGAAAGUCAGUGUAACAUUGAAACAGCAUCACAGGGUUACCCAUUAAUCUGUGGCUUUGCACACUCCCAUCCUAAACAAGUGGGGAGGUUUAGCCACUAAAUCAUCAUGACUGAUGUUUUCACUCCCUUCCUGGUGCCCUGAUAUCGUCAUAAAAAAGCUAUAAAAUCUGUAUCAUUGACUCAAAGCUGCAGCUGAUAGGACAUUUAAGGACAGCCCAGGAGAGUAAAGACAGACAACGAGAGAGGAGCACCAGACAUCAUUCACACUACACCACUUGAGACGGUAACUACUCUGACACACACUGAGCUGCAAUCAAAAGGAGAAUUCUGGAUCAAAUAGAAAAUUAAACUAAUUUAAGUGUAUGUUAAGAUUAGGAGAGUUGCACCGUUGUAACAGAAGUGGCAUUGUGCUGAGCCUUUCUGCCAGCUGAGGAUGGGCAAAACAAACGACUCUGUGGCGGAGGAGAGACCCAAAUGGGACAACAAGGUUCAGUAUCUUUUAACCUGCAUUGGCUUUGCUGUGGGACUUGGAAACGUCUGGCGGUUUCCCUACCUGUGCCAAAUUUAUGGAGGAGGUGCAUUCCUCAUUCCCUACCUGAUAGCGCUGGUGUUUCAGGGCCUCCCUCUGCUCUACCUGGAGCUGGCUAUAGGACAGAGGCUCCGCAUGGGUAGCAUCGGUGUCUGGAACUCCAUCUCACCACUUCUGGGUGGAGUUGGCAUUGCCUCCAUGAUAGUAUCUUUCCUGGUGAGCAUUUUCUACAACACCAUCAUGGCGUGGGUGCUCUGGUACUUCUUCCACUCUUUCCAAAAUCCACUGCCAUGGAGCCAGUGCCCACUCAAUGAUAACCACACAGGCUACAAUGUGGAGUGUGAGAAGAGCACUCCGGUGAAUUACUUCUGGUACCGUGAGACACUGAACAUCACACCUGACAUUGAGACCAGUGGUUCCCUGCAGUGGUGGAUGGUCGUCUGUCUGGCCAGCGCCUGGAGUGUGGUCUACAUCUGUUUCAUUAAAGGCAUCGAGUCCAUAGGCAAGGCUGUGUAUGUGACAGCCACCUUCCCCUACUUGGUACUGACCAUUUUCCUGAUCCGUGCCCUCACUCUGCCUGGCGCGACUGAUGGACUGCUGUACCUCUUCACUCCUGAUUGGGAGAUACUAAAGAACCCUCAGGUGUGGCUGGAUGCUGCCACCCAGAUCUUCUUCUCUCUCUCUGUGGCCUUUGGAGGUCUCAUAGCUUUCUCCAGCUAUAAUGCAGAGAGAAACAACUGUGAGAGGGAUGCUGUUCUAGUAGGAAUAAUAAACAGUGCCACAUCUCUUUACGCAUCCAUUCCCAUCUUUUCCAUCCUGGGAUUUAAAGCUACCAGCGCCUUCAACUCCUGUCUAAACGAAAACAUCUUGGCUCUGACCAACCAAUUUGAGUUUUCUGACCAGAACAUAACACUGGAGAACUAUGAGCACUGGCUUAAUUAUCUAAAUCAGACACGCCCAGAUGAGAUCUCCAGUUUGCAUCUGAGGCACUGUGACCUGCAAACAUUCCUUGACCAGAGCGCUUCAGGUACUGGCCUUGCUUUUAUUGUGUUCACCGAAGCAGUGUUAGAGAUGCCAGGCUCGCAGGUAUGGGCCAUAUUGUUUUUCGUCAUGCUCUUCAGCUUGGGCCUCUCCUCCAUGUUUGGCAACAUAGAGGGAGUCCUCACACCCAUCAAUGACCUCAAACUGGUGCCCAAGUGGAUCCCAAAUGAACUCGUAACAGGGGUCCUCUGCUUGAUUGCCUUUUUGACGGCUCUCAUCUUCACCCUGGGUUCAGGGAACUACUGGGUGGAGGUCUUUAACAGCUACGUGGGCUCUGUGCCUCUGCUCAUCAUUGCAUUCUGUGAGAUUAUUGGAGUCAUUUAUAUCCAUGGAAUGAAAAAUUUCAGUGAAGACAUCUAUUUCAUGACUGGGAAGAGGCCCAACAUUUACUGGAAGGCGUGCUGGAUGGUAAUCAGUCCUGCAAUGCUCCUAGUGGUGUUGGUUGCCUACGUGGCCAUCCAGGCACAGACGCACCCCUCCUAUCCCACAUGGAACCCUGCUUAUGAAUUGUUCCCCCAAGCUGAUGUGCAGCCCUACCCAGACUGGGUGUUUGCCAUAAUCAUCCUCAUCUCCGUAGUUCCUGUGAUUUCCAUCCCACUGGUGGCUCUCUACAAACUGAUCUGCUGUGGAAUCAAGAAGUCUUCAACACAAACCGACCUAAGCCCCUACUGCAACGAGGGCUUUGAGAUUGAAACACAGGAACAGAGGAACCAGACGGCUUAGUAACAAUGACACUGGUGUUCCUGAACAGAAAAAGACUUUAUGAGUACUGAUGUUUAUCACUUCACCUAUGGACAACUGUUGAUCCUGUUGAUUUUUUAUGUUUACAUUUAUC